UUAGUUAAGAAGUGGGGAUGUGUUGUUGAAAUAUACAUUAAUCUCAGUGAUUUGAACCCUUAGUGCUUUUAUUUUCAUAUGUUGUUGAUAAAGUAAAUGAUUGAAUCCUGAAGAUGUGAAACAGUGGUUUAACACCAGCACAUAAACAAACGGGUUAAACAGCUCUGUUCGGGGUUAGGAGUUAUUGAGCCUAUUUCAGGUCCCAAUGAGAUCCUGCAGGGGUCGUGAUGAAGAGGAGAUGGAGGAGGACGAGCGGAAAACACGACUCCUGCAGAGGGGAGGGGGCAGUCUGGGUCCCUGGGGUGCUGCUUCCUGGGAGCCGGAGUUUAAUGAGCCCGCUAUUGGGACGGUCAAUAACAGAGGGCGGGGUCUCCUUGGAAACGAGGCGUCACGACACGCAGCGGGAGGGGGCACUACGUCCCUAUAAAAGCUGUAGCGGGACCCAUGAAACCCACAGCAGAGCUGCGAAGCCAGAACCUUCUAGAACCCCGAGCCGAGCCGAGACCCCCGCGCUGCUGCACGAGACAUGCGGUACGAGAGCCAGUCCCCCGCACGCGCCUCCAACAGCCAGCCAGAAGCCUGCUUCAUAAUGAAACAGACAUCUUCUCCUUUUGACAGCAGCUGCUUCACUCAUGGUUCCGGCCCCCGGAUAGUCCGCCGGAUCUUCACCAACAGCAGGGAGCGCUGGCGGCAGCAGAACGUGAACGGAGCCUUCGCCGAGCUACGACGCCUCAUCCCCACACACCCGCCCGACAGGAAGCUCAGCAAGAACGAGAUCUUGCGCCUUGCUCUCAGAUACAUCCGCUUUCUGGACCAACUCCUGUCAGAGCAGGACCCCCAGGAUGGGGACCCAGCAGAGGAGGAGCACAGACUGCAGGGCGAGCUGUCACCUAAUCUAAGUUCCAUAAAUUCAGAGGUGGCGGAAUUUGACAUAAUGUUGGAUGAGCCGCUCCACCUGCCGUACCUCCACCUGCCAGCCAUGUACGACUGAGGACAGAAAGAGGAUUUCCUCUGAAGAGAACGCCCCCUGUGGAGAAAACUAAGCAGACGUGACUCGUUGCUCAAUCGUAGACUUCUUCAUGUCAUGUUCAGGGUCUUGGACCUCAGCUGUUUGAUCAAUUCUAAUCCCAGCUGGAAUGAAUGACUGAUUAUUGAUCUAGAUUAAUGCAAGGAAGGUCAAAGGUCAAACAGCUCAAACACACAUGACACCAAUGAAGAAAAUCCAAAGGGCCCUCUAGUUCUUCAUUUUGAAGAUAUGACACAAUCUUGUGAUAUUCACAUAGCUAUCCGUGUGUUCUGCAGUUCAGCAGAAAAACCAGCAGCCAGAAAGUUUCAGGCUUCUUCCUGUUAAAGCAAGAAGCAGGUCAAUGCUUUUAUUCUGUAAAGUCUUGUUUGUUUUUGCUAUUCCUUUUUAUAAUGUUUGAUAUAUUCUCUGUUAUUGUGUCUGAAUAUUUGAUCAUUAAAAAUGUAAAUAAAUAAUGUGCUGCAUCAGUAUCUUUUACAAACAAACAUCUACUUUAAAACACGUUACACCACCAAAUGGUUUCCGAGCACAGCUAUGUCUGCAGCUCUUCUCUACCCCAGACGAUAAAAU